GCUCCGGCGCGGAGGCCCUUUCGGCGUUCUGGUUCCUGUUCCCCCUCCCUCCAUGGGGCCGCGGGGAGCGGACUCGACGGGCCGCCUUCACCCGGAACUGCUGACUCCGCCGCCCGCCGCCUCGCCGCCUCCCCACUCGCCCGGGCCUCCCUGCCGCUCGCCUCGCCCGGCAGUCCGUCCGCAGACGGCGGGGCCCUAGGCAGGCGGGGUCCGGGGUCCGGCAGCGUCCGCGCUGAGGUGGGUGAGGCGGGGCGUGGGCCGCAGCGGGCCCUGCAGGCGCGGAGCCCGACUGAGACUUCAGGUGAUUUUUUUGGGGAGGGCACAAAAGUCUUCUUUGAAGAGCUUUGUACAGUACCUGAAGGAUGUCAGAAGCAGUGUUGAUUGAUCUAUUUGGUUUGACACUGAACUCUCAGAAAAACUAUCAGACAUUACUGAAGACAUUGAAUGCUGUGAGAUUCCACCAUGCUGCCAAGGCCAAGUUCCUUUGCAUAAUGUGUUGCAGCAACAUCAGCAGUGAAAGGAAGGGUGACCUGGAUACUUACGAAUUAGAAACAGCCAAUGGAUUAUCAGCUCUCUUGAGAGAAUUUGAGAUUGUUAGCAAUCCCAGUAUGGUUGCCUCUUUGUAUACUAUUAAACAAAAAAUUGAUGAAAAAAAUCUGAGCAGCAUUAAGGUAAUUGUACCCAUGCACCGGAAGACAUUAAUGAAGGCUUUUAUUGAUCAACUCUUCACUGAUGUUUACAAUUUUGAGUUUGAAGAUUUACAGGUAACUUUGAAGGGAGGUCUUUUGAAACAGUCCACUGAGAUAAACGUGAUCACAACUCAAGAACUGGAAGCUAUACAGAAUGAAAUAGAAACAUAUUUGAGAAGUCUGCCAGCACUGAAAGGAGAAUUAACCAUUAUCACAUCUCCUUUGAUCUCAGAUAUUUUCAUACAUGGAUUUACUACAAGAACAGGUGGGAUAUCUUACAUACCAACUCUCAGCUCAUUCAAUCUCUUCAGUAGUUCCAAGCGAAGAGAUCCCCAGGUAGUUGUUCAAGAAAAUCUGCGUAGGUUGGGGAAUGCUGCAGGAUUUAAUGUGAAGAAAUUUUACAGAAUAAAGACAGAUCAUGCCAAUGCCGUCUGGGUUAUGGGAAGGAAGGAGCCGGAAUCUUAUGAUGGAAUCACCACAAAUCAGAGAGGAGUCACAAUAGCAGCUCUUGGUGCUGACUGUAUACCGAUAGUUUUUGCAGAUCCUGUCAAAAAAGCAUGUGGGGUUGCUCACGCUGGUUGGAAAGGUACUUUGCUAGGUGUUGCUAUGGCUACCGUGAAUGCUAUGAUAGCAGAAUAUAGUUGCAGUUUGGAAGAUAUUAUUGUCAUACUGGGACCUUCAGUAGGACCUUGCUGUUUUACUCUCCCAAGGGAAUCUGCAAAUGCAUUUCAUAAUAUUGAUCCUGAAUGUGUGCGGCUAUUUGACUCACCAAAUCCCUAUGUUGACAUUCGUAAAGCCACCAGGAUUCUUCUAGAACAAGGAGGAAUUCUACCACAGAAUAUCCAGGACCAGAUGCAAGAUCUCAACCUCUGUACAUCCUGCCAUCCUGAGAAGUUCUUCUCCCAUAUCCGUGAUGGCCUUAAUUUUGGUACACAGAUUGGCUUCAUAUCAAUUAGAGAAUGAGAGAGCAAGGAGAGGAAGAGAGAGAUAGAACAAUGAUGACUGGGAAUCGUUGAUUGGCUGCCUCCUGCACGCCCCCUCUACUGGGGACCGAGCCAGCAACCCAGGCAUGUGUCCCCGACCAGAAUCAAACCAGGAACCCUUCAGUCCACAGGCGGACGCUCCAUCCACUGAGCCAAACCGACCAGGGCUGCUUGUUACUUUUUGUUCUAUAUUUCACAUAUCACUGAAAUCAUAUGGUUCUUAUCUUUUUCCAUCUGACUUAUUUCACUUAGCAUUAUACUCUCAAGAUUCUUCCAUAUUGUUGCAAAUGGCAAUAUUUCAUAUUUUUUAUGGCUGUGUAUAUUGAUCAUAUCUCUUUAUCUAAUCAUUGGUUGAAGGACACUUAGGUUAUUUCCAUGUCUUGGCUAUUGAGAAUGGUGCUGCAGUGAACACAGGGGUACAUAUAUCUUUACAUAUAAGUAUUUUCAAGUUUUUCAGGUAAAUACCCAAAAGAAGGCUUGCUGGGUCAUAACAUCCUUGUACCUUUUUUGUAUUUUGGGGUUUUUUUGGUUUUGAGAAGGAAACUUUGCAUAAGUAUACUAAAGUCUAGAAUAAUAAAUUCUCACAUAUACAAACUAGCUUGGUUUUCAACUAGAUUUUUUCUAACUGAUUAUCUACAGCAGGAGUUGGCCAAUUAUCUCUAAAGGGCCAGAAAGAAAUAUUUUAGGCUUUGUGAAACAUACAAUCUCUGUCUCAACUACUCAACUUUGCAGAAUAAAAGCAGACAGGAACAAUAGAGAAACAAAUGAGUAUGGCUGUGUUUUAGUAAAACUUUAUU